GUUUCAGCUCUGCCAGGUUCAGGGGGACAGAGGAAGUCCCACCUCAGGCCACAAUGCACAUCUUAUUCUGUACUGACAGGCACGUGUGUGCUUUGUGGGUAAAGAUGGGGAAUCCGGAUCCACACUGUGACUGGCUGAAGGGUGGGACUUCUGGAGAUAUCAUCACGGCCACCGAUGGGGCAGAGGCUCCUGGACCUCCUCCGUGCCACGUGGUGGGCGUAAUCUGAGACAGACACUGAGGUGCCCACGGCGGAGCCGGGCUGCGGCAGCACCCAGGGGAAGGGCUGGCAGGGAGAAGCUGGGUGCCUAGGACGAGAAGAGGGCAGAGAGAACAGGAGGCGGCCCGGGGCAGGCGAGGCUGCUGGGCGGUUCCAGCCAACACCGGUGCUUCUGGUGGUCAGAACCUGGACACCGCACCAGGAUGCUGGCCCCGCGCCACCCCAGCCCUCACCACUCCCGCACCCCAUGGGCCCGGGCCUGCCAUGCCUGCUCCUGGACAGACGCUGGGGAGAUUAACGAGCCGGACACACGGAAAACAAACAUCGUGAUGACAGCAGGAGCCGGUCACCAACAAGGAAGGGAAGGCUGGGACGCAGGGCCAGGGAGGGGGAUAAAAGCCCAGAGCCCAGCACCUCACACACACCUCACUCACACUCACACUCACACUCACACUCACUCCCAGCCCAACCCCGCCAUGGCCGCCUCCACCAUGUCCGUCUGCUCUGAGCCCUGGCAGGUGGACGACUGCCCAGAGAGCUGCUGCGAGCCCCCCUGCUGCGCCCCCCUCUGCUGCCAGCCCAGCUCCUGCGCCCCGGCCCCCUGCCUGAGCCUCAUCUGCACCCCAGUGAGCUGUGCGUCCAGCCCGAGCUGCCAGCCGGCCUGCAGUUCCUCCUCCUGCCAGCCGUCCUGCUGUGAGCCUGUGCUGCCACCCAGCUCCUGCGCCCCGGCCCCCUGCCUGAGCCUCAUCUGCACCCCAGUGAGCUGUGCGUCCAGCCCGAGCUGCCAGCCGGCCUGCAGUUCCUCCUCCUGCCAGCCGUCCUGCUGUGAGUCCCUGUGCUGCACACCCAUGUGUUGCAAGCCUGUCUGCUGCACACCUGUCUGUUGUACGCUUGUCUGCUCUGAUGCUUCCUCCUGCUGCCAGCAGUCUGACUGCCAGCCAGCUUGCUGCUCCGGCUCCCCCUGCCAGCCGUCCUGCUGUGUGCCCAUCUGCUACAAGCCCAUCUGCACGCCCUCCUCCUCCUCCUCCUGCGUGUUCCUGCUCUGCCGCCCCGUGUGCAGACCCACCUGCUGUGUGUCUGCCUCCUCCUGCCGGCCCAGCUGCUGCAAGCCCUCCUCUUCCGUGUCCCUGUUAUGCAGCCCUGCCUGCCCCCGCCCAGCCUGCUGUGGGCUCUCCCUGAGUCAGAAGUCCUGCUGCUGA